AUGGGCGCCGAUGAGCGGUCCAACGCCGUUGUGCCCGACGUGCCAAUAUACGAGGGUCCGACAAUCAAAGCAACUUCGACGAAUGAUUUUAUCAUAACAACCACCCUCGGCAAGGGUUCGUUUGGGCGCGUGCGGCUGGCACGACACAAAGAGUCUAACACCCUCUGGGCUUUGAAAAUUUUGAAAAAAAAGGAGGUCUUGCAGCACAAUGCAAUUGAACACGUUUUUCGUGAAAAAAAAAUUCUUGCUGCUCUCUCUCAUCCCUUUAUUGUUAAUAUGGCUGUCGCGUUCGACGACCCGCGCUCCGCAGGGCCAAGCCUGUUCUUCGUCUAUAUUGUUCUGGAAUUUGUACAGGGUGGUCCUUUUGACACUCGAUUGCGGGGUGAAGGGCAGCUCAAAGACGACGAGUCAGCAUUUUACACGGCACAAAUAGUCCACAUCUUCGAGUAUAUGCACGCCAAGUGUUACUUGUAUCGAGAUCUAAAGCCUGACAACUUAAUUCUUGACAUGACAGGAUACAUCAAACUGGCAGACUUCGGCUUUGCAGUAUAUUGUGAAACCCUGACUAAGACUCUCUGCGGAACCCCUGAUUAUAUGGCACCAGAAAUCAUAGAAAAUGGAGGAUAUGGAAAGGGAGUCGAUUGGUGGGCGCUUGGUAUCGUCCUGUGUGAGAUGUUGACUGGCAAAACCCCGUUUGUUGCCGAUGAUCCCAUGGAGACGUACAAGCUCAUUCUGAAGAACUCACCAAAAUGGCCGUCCGAUCUAGAGGGUGCAGGUAAGGCAGCCGUUAAGAAGUAUUUGACGAAGAACGCUAGCGAGCGAAUGGGCAAUGGCAAAUCAGGUGGAGAAGAGUGCAAAAAGCACAAGUUUUAUAAAGCGAUAGAGUGGGGAAAGCUCCUGGCACGUGAGCUGCAAGCACCGUAUGAUCCAUUCGUCAAUUUCGAGGAGGAUACGUCUAACUUCGACGAGUAUCCAGAGUCGAAGGGCGACCCCGAGCUACCUGAGUACACUGAGGACCGGCCUGACCCCUUUGUGAAUUUCAACGAGACAUGA